ACAUGAAUAAUUCAACUCCUAAUCAGCUCGUGGUUAUACUAUUAGCUGUUAAUCCCUCUUUAGUAAUUUCUUGCUAACUCAAGGGCACAUGUGUUAUACUAAUUCUCAUAUAUAUAAACACCCUACGCCCAGUAUUUCAAUGAACUCCAUAGCUACGGAGGAGCUCCUCCAUUUCUUCACCCAGAUUCCGGUGAACAAUUCGAACUAUUUUCAGCGUAAAAUGUGCUCGACGAAGCAAAAUCAAAAACUCAAUCAACGCCGUUCGAAGGGAGGUGGAGGUGGAGGUGGAGGUGGAAGAGAUUGGAGGGAAGAAGUAAUCGCCGGCGGGUCAUUGAAAUGCGUUGAUUUGAAUAAUGGAACAAAUGGAUGGGCGUCACCUCCGGGAGAUAAUUUCAAUCUCCGAGGUCCGAAUUACUUCAUUAAAAAGACGAAAAUACCCUCAGGUGAAUGGCUUCUACAACCCGCCGGAGUUGAUUGGCUCCGAUCAAAUUCAAAACUCGAACACGUACUCUCUCGGAACGACAACCGUGUAAUGCACGCUCUGAAGAAAUGUCAUUCACAAGGUGAGUUUCUAAAAACCUUUACACUCGCCGUAAACCUUCAAAUCCCCGGUAGAGAUCACCACAGCGCUGUUUUCUACUUCGCUACUGAACAAAACCGCCCGCUCGAACCGGGAUCACUACUCUACCGGUUCGUACACGGCGACGACUCGUACCGUAACAACCGGUUCAAAAUCGUUAACCGGAUGAUUAAAGGACCGUGGAUUGUGAAAACCGCCGUCGGGAAUUACUCCGCUUGUCUACUCGGUAAAGCUUUGAAUUGUUAUUACCAUAAAGGACCUAAUUACUUAGAAAUUGAUGUGGACAUUGGUAGCUCGGCGAUUGCUAGUGCGAUUUUGCAUUUGGCUUUAGGUUAUGUUACGUCGGUGACGAUUGAUAUGGGGUUUUUAGUGGAGGCGGCGACGAAGGAGGAGUUGCCGGAAAAGUUGUUUGGAGCGGUGAGGAUUUGUCAAAUGGAGAUGAGUUCUGCUACUUUCAUUGAAACGACGCCGUCUAGGAAAUUAAUUUCCAAUAAUAGUAGCAAAGUGCAGGCUGAAAACAACGAAGAUGACGAAGACAAAUGAUUUUUUCUUAAAAUUAUUAUUAUUAUUUUUGUAAUUUCGGAAAAUUUUAAUGAUGUGGAAUUUUUUUUGGUGGGUCCCGGCCUCCCAGGUAGAUAAUAUCUCUGUUGUCAAUUUAAUUUUAAUAAAAAUAUUACAGUAAUUUUUACUAGUA